CGCACGGGGAGGAGUGCGUGACGUGACGUGACGUGACGGGGCAGCGCAGCGCCUUCAACACUAAAACUCUCUUCCUCCUACGCGCCGCUCGUCCUCUCCGCCGCUCUUUGCUUUCUUUUCUUGGACACUUUUAGCGACUUUUAGGCAGCAGAAGUUAGUUAGUUAGUUAGUUAGUUAGUUAGUUAGUUAGUUAGUUAGUUCGCGGCUCCACGAUGACUGCGGCGUCGACCAGCAGGCUCGAGAGGAUCAACCACUCCGCCUUCAUCCACGACAACAGCCUGCACGUCUUGGGGGGCUUCCAGGUGGUGGAUGGUGAGGACGUGCGGCUCCCCUGCUCAGAGAUGUGGGUGUGUGACAUGGACAGCGGCGCAUGGGAGCGGCGGGAGAUGAGCGGCGACACGCCUGGGGACCUGACGGGCUUCUGCGGCUCCUGCGUGAGGGACUCCUUCUACGCCUUCGCGGGGUUGGACCCGCGUGGUUACAGCAACAAAAUGUUCAGCGUGGACCUCACACAGCGCAGCUACCCGUGGAGGACGGUGGUCGCCUCCCAGGGAACGCCGCCCUCCCCCAGGACCGACCACAGCUGCUGGGUGCACGGCGAGCGGCUGGUCUACUUCGGGGGCUACGGCUGCAAGACCAUCUCGGAGGUGAGGAACAUGCCGUCGUGGAGCUUCGUGAUUGAGGACAUGUCCUGGACCAUCAUCGGAGGCACCUUGUUCCGCUACUGGGGCUGGAACAACGAGGUCAACGUGUUCGACACCCGCACCAGGACGUGGAGCGUACCCGAUACUCAGGGUCCGGCGCCGGCCCACCGAGGCUGCCACGCCAGCAGCGUGUUGGGGAGCAAAGGUUACGUGUGUGGCGGCGUGGAAAGUGCCAAGCUGGACCUCUUCUGCCUGGACCUGAACCAGUGGACCUGGACUCAAUUCGACUUCUCCUCGUCCUGCGCGCCCAUGGGCCGCUCCGUGCACACCAUGACGCCCACCUCCCAGCACACCCUGCUGGUGUUUGGCGGCCUGGGCGUGGACGGCAGCACCCUCAACGACGCCUGGCAGUUUGACACGCUCACACGAGAGUGGCGGGAGAUAACACACCCGCACAAGGACAAGCCCAGGGUGUGGCACACGGCCUGCCUGGGACGCGAUGACGACGUCGUGGUCUUCGGAGGAAGCAGCGACCAGCCCGUCGGCAUGGAUUCAGUAACCGUGCUGAUGUCGCGGCCCAAGCACCACUGCCGAGACGUCUUCGUCUUCCAGACGCAGCCGUACUCCCUCUUCAGGUUGUGUGUGGACUUCCUGGGGAGGAACUCUGAGCGAGUGGGCGCACGUCUGGCCUGGUUGCCAACGAAACUGCGCCACAAAGUGGAGAAGAGAGUCGCCUUCUUCUCGCCGGCGGCGUCUUGAAGUCGGCGGUUUGGGAGGAUUUAAAAAAAACUUCCAACGGUGCUCCAACGUUUUUAAAACUAAAGUGAAAGUUCUUAUUUUUUAACGUGUCGUAUUUUAUCUGCCAAAUGUUUUCACCUUUUGAAUAAAGUUGUUGAUUUUGUUCUA